AAAAAAAAUCUCUACAAUUUUACUUUCUUCCUUCAAUUUUAUUCUGGGUUCAAGUGUUGCUUACCAGAAAAAAAAAAAAAACUCUGUAUCCCCUUUUGAUUUUAGAGAGCUUUGUUAUCUCCUCCACUUCAACUCUAUUAGAACUCUUGUUGAACAAUUAUCAGAAUAAUAUUUUGUUGUGUGUUCUGUUUUCAUUUUACAAAGCUCCCUUUCUUGGUUUCUAUUUCUGUUAUAGUACAAAAGCUCCUCUUUCUAGUCCCAUUAUAUUACAAUAUAAUUCUCUAUAUUCAACCCUGCUUGUCAAAAAAAAAAAAAAAAAAAUGUAUUCCCUUUUGAUUUUGUCAAGUGUCAUCUAAGUGUUUCUUUCCUGUCUUCAUAUCCUCUGCAAAAAAAGUAUUACUCUCUUUGUUCUGUUUUGAUUUGCAAAGCUCAGUUUCCUCAUUUCCAUUUUGAUUGUAGUAGAAAUCCCUUUUUGUUGUGUUCUAGUCUUUUACAUUUUAAGUUUCACUAUCCUUAGAAGAAAACCGUGAGUGAAAUGGUCGUGAACUUUGUUCUUCCUGUAGUAAUGAAGAUUGGAGAAUAUCUGGUUGCCCCAGUUGGCCGCCAGUUUGGUUAUUUGAUUUUCUAUGACCGAAACAUUAAGAAUCUGGAGAAGCAGGCCCAAAAGCUGGAAGAUAAAAGAUUUGGAGUACAAAAAUCAGUUGAAGAAGCAGAGGCAAAGAGAGAAACUAUUGCACCAGAUGUCCAGCGGUGGUUGACAACGGUCAAUAAACUCAACGAAGAGGCUAAGAAAUUUCUUGUGGAUGAAGUGAAAGCAAACAAAGGGUGUCUGAAUGGGUGGUGUCCAAACUUGAAGUCACGGUACUCCUUGGGCAGAAAAGCUACAAAGAAAACUCAAAGUGUGGAGGAGUUACUACGUGAAGGAGGAGAUUUCUCUAGAGUGGCCUACCCUGCACCUCGUGCAGGGAUAUCAUUCACAUCCAUUGUAGGUUAUAAGGCGUUUGAAUCUAGAAGCUCGAUUAUGAACAAUGUUAUGGAGGCACUGGCGGAUGAUGGUAUCUAUAUGAUUGGGAUAUGUGGGAUGGGAGGGGUUGGUAAGACAACACUGGUCAAAGAAGUUGCCAAGAAAGCGCAAAAAAAGAGAAUGUUCAAUAAAAUCGUUAUGGUAGUAGUGUCUCAAAACCCAGACUUGAUUAGUAUUCAAGGUCAGAUAGCCAAACUAUUGGAUUUCGAAUUGUUUGGGGAAAACAAUUUACUUGCCAGAGCGGAGGACUUACGAAGAGGAAUACAGAGUAAUGGAAAAGUCCUUACAAUUUUGGAUGAUGUUUGGAAGAGACUAGACUUGAAUGAAAUGGGAAUUCCAUGUGGGGAUAAUCACAAGGGUUGCAAAAUUGUGAUGACUUCAAGGAGGGAAGAUGUAUGCAACGGCAUGGACACACAGAAGAAUUUCAUGGUUAGUGUCUUACAUGAAGAAGAAGGAUGGAAUCUUUUCAAGGAGAUGGCUGGAAUUUCUGAUGAAGGUACAAGUCACCCAAUUGAUUUGCAGUUGACGCAGAUGGCAGUUGCGAAGGAAUGUGGAGGCUUGCCGAUUGCUAUUGCUACAGUCGGGAGGGCACUUAGAUGCAAAAACAAGUAUUUAUGGGAUUCUGCUCUUGAACAAUUAGGAAAGUCAUUGGUCAAAAACAUCAGUGGAGUGGAUGAAAAGGUGUUUAAAUCUCUAGAGUUGAGUUAUGAUUUCCUUGAUAGUGAUGAAGCCAAGAAAUGCUUUCUGCUCUGUUCUUUAUAUCCGGAAGAUUUUCAUAUUCCAAUUGAAGAUCUCGUUAGAUAUGUGUUUGGGAUAGAGUUGUUUGAGCGCAUUGAUAGUGUGCACCAAGCAAGAAAGAGAGUACAUUCCUUAGUUGAUGACUUAAAAAAAUGCUAUCUAUUGAUGGAAGGUAAACAUGAGUAUAUGUUGGAGGGAAGUAAAAAUGUAGAGUGUAUCAAAAUGCAUGAUGUCGUACGUGAUGUAGCUAUAUCAAUUGCAUCUAGGGAGGAGCAUUCGUUUUUGGUGAGAUGUGAUGAAGUAUUGACAGAAUGGCCCCAGAAAAGUCGACUCCAAAAAAAUACUGUAAUUUCAUUAAAAGUUAAUGGUGUGAACUGCCUUCCUGGUAAUUUAGAAUUUCCAAAUCUCCAGCUUCUACAGCUGGAUUGCAAUGCUGGAUUGCCACCAAUCUCAUCUUAUGAUUUCAACCAAAGGAUUUUGAAUGUCAAAGUACAAGAGACCGAAGAUAGUUUUUACCAAGGAAUGAAAGAACUUAAAGUGCUAGCUUUAUCUGAUAUGUACGGCUCAUUGACAUCACUUCGCUGCUUGACCAACCUCCGAACCUUGUCACUUUUUCGUUGCGGACUUAUUGAUGAUGGUAUCUCUGUUAUCGGAGCAUUAGAGAAUCUGGAAAUUUUGAGGUUUGGCGGCUCUCAUAUCAAGGAAUUGCCAAAAGAAAUAAUAGGUCAACUUGCUCGCUUGAAGGUACUUGAUUUGUUGGGAUGUGUAGUGGAAAGGAUUUACCCAGGGGUUUUGUCAAGCUUAUCAAAGCUAGAAGAGUUGUAUGUUGGGUCUAUCUUUCAAAGUUGGUGUCAAGUUGAAGAAAGCAAAGAAGGUGCUAAAGCAAUUAUUGAUGAGCUGGCGUCCUUGUCCAAUUUGGUGGCUUUGGAUAUUGCUCUAGUAAACUUUUCCUUCAGUUCGAGAGGUUUGGUCAUUGAGAAGUUAAAAAAGUUCAAUAUAGGUGUUGGCAUUUUCUUUUAUCACUACAUCCCUUGUUAUUCUUUGUUAUCAAAUCAGUUGGAGCUUGAUGUUGAAAACAUGAGUGACAUUAUUGAAACAAGGCUUAAUUUUCUGUUGAAGAGCACUGAAAUUCUGACUUUAAAGUCAAGGGUAAAAGGUUUGAAAAUUCUCUGUGAUUUGGUCGGCGAAGAUGGUUUUGAAUGCUUAACGAAUUUGAGACUAUAUAAGUUGUAUGAUUUGGAAUACCUCAUCAAUACAGCAGAUGGGGUUCCGCAGAGUGCUUUACCUGUGUUAGAGAUUCUGGAUCUUCAUUGUCUACGGACUUUCAAAGGGAUUACUAGUCAUGAAUGCCGACUACCGAACAAGGCUUUCGGUGCAUUGAAAGUGUUGACACUAGUUAUGCUGCCUGAACUGACAAAUUUGUGGAAGGGUCCCACCCAGCUUGUAUGGCUCGGCAACUUGACGUCGGUAAAAGUGCUGGGUUGUCAUAAACUGGAAAGUAUGUUCUCACUUUCCAUAGCUAGAGAUCUAGUGCAACUGCAGGACCUUGGGAUAGGUGAUUGUCGUGUGAUGAAAGAAAUUGUUUCGAGUGAAGGAGUGGAGCAUGAAAUGGCAGCAAUAGCAACAGAUAAAAUCGAGUUUCCUAAACUAAAGAAAUUGAGUCUUGAUUGCCUGCGACAUUUUACUGGUAUCUGCAAAGCUAUGAAUGCAAUUGAGCUGCCACAACUGAGUUCCUUGACACUGUCGAAUGUGGCAAAGCUGAAGCGUCUCUGUCCUGCUUCAGAUUCAGAGAGUAAUUGUGAUCCCAUCAUUCAACCCCUCUUCAACGACAAGGAUAAAUUGGCUACCAUUGAAGAAUUGACCAUCUCCGGCAUGGAGAAUCUGAUGGUAAUUUGGCCUAGGGAACUUGAAGCUAAACUAAGAAAGAUGACAGUUAAAUGUUGUCAUGGGCACACAAAUAUUAUUUUUCCAUCCAAUUCAAUUAAGGGCAUGCAAAAUCUUGAAGUACUUGAAGUGGAGGACUGUCCAUCUAUUGGAGUAGCCUUUGACCUUGAAGGACUUGUUUGGGAAGACGGCAUAUCAUAUAAGGCACUCCCUUCAUUAAAAAAGGUGGAAUUAAGCCAUCUACGAAAGUUGACACAUGUUUGGAAGGACAAUUCACCAGGAAUUCAAGGCUUUCAGAAUCUAAGAUUCUUAAUAGUAAAUGAUUGUGAUAGUUUGAGAAAUCUAUUCUCAUACUCUCUAACCAAACUUCUUGUAAAACUACAAGAAAUAGAGGUAACUGAAUGUGGUAUGAUGGAAUCAAUCAUUGGAAAUGAACCAAAUGCAGAUGAUGCAGCCAUGUUCCCUCAACUAAGUAGUCUCAAACUCAUAAAUUUGCCAAACCUGAGUAGUUUCUGCUCUGAGGCCUGUACGUUUGAGGGAUCAUUGUUGAAAACAAUAGAAGUAAUCAACUGUCCCAAAAUGAAGAUACUCCCAUCAGCAUUUCAGCGCAAGCUAGAGCAACAACAAAAGGCAGACUUUUCAACCUCGUCUCAAUCCCAUCUCUUGGAUGGAAAGUUUAUUUUCAGUGACGGGUCUGUGGGCCGCUUUAGAAAACUUUCUAUCACACACUUAAAUGGAUCAAUAGAGAUGUGGCACAACCAACUUGAAGUUGACCAACUUCACGAAGUGACAUUCAUGUUGGUCCAAUUUUGCGGGAAAUUAUCAAAUGUGUUCUCGUGGAAUUUAAUACGAAGACUACGACAGCUACACCGGCUGAAGGUAUGGUGGAGUGAUUCACUGGAAACAAUAUUUGACCUCCAAGGGUCAGUACUCGCUGGAUCAUCAAUAAUUUGGUUAAGAGAUAUGAAAUUGAUGUAUUUGCCCAAGUUGACGCAUAUAUGGAAGAAUGUUUCCCAAAAAACUCAUUGUUUCAAAUAUCUAAAUUCCCUAGAAGUGGAGAGGUGUGAUAACCUGAGAUAUAUAUUCACAAUUUCCAUGGUCAAAGUCCUUGUGAAUCUAAAUUAUGUAGGAAUUGGAAAUUGCGAGAAAAUAGAAAAGAUUGUUACCAGGGAAGAAGAAGAAGAAGAAGAUGAAGAAGAAGAAGGUGAUGAUGAAAGGGGCAAAAUCAGUAUUUUCAGUGUGGAACUUGAAAAUCUUCCGAAUCUUGUGUGUAUUGGAAUUCCAGAAUCACAAAUUCAUAUUUCCAAAUUGCGUGUAGAUUUCUGCCCCAAGUAUCGAGGUAUGUUGUUCUUGAUAAAUAGGAGGUGUGGGUGGAUCUACUCAAUUUCUAUGAAGAUCAAAAAGCUGAAGAAGCAGAUAGCGGACCUAUUUAUGCAUAAACCGGCUACAACUUUACAAGGUUUUUUUAGACCUAGGACUAAUCCGUCGAGGAAGCUGCUGGGCGCAAAUGCGGGGUCCUCUCCCAAGGGGGUUUGCUGCAUCCACAAAGGCUUGAACUCGAGACCUUUGCUUAAGCGACCCAAGUCCCUUUCCAGUUGGACCAACCCCCAUUGGUUUUAAAUAUGACUUAUUGUUGAUGUACUUUUAAAUACAAUGAUUUUUUUAUUUUUUAAAUUGCAUAUUUUAGAUAUGCAAUUUAUUAUCUAGCCUCCGUUACUACCUUUGUUUAGCUAAUUCAUAACCAUGAAUUGUAUGUUAUGAGGAAAUUGAUAAAAAUGUAA